UCACCCAGACGAAACAUCAAAUAAUUUUGCAAUUUUUCGUACUGACAUGUACACGGAACAUCUAUAGUCAACUACAAAUAAAAUUUCUGAGCACACACUGCGAAGUUACCACGAGAUUGUAUGUGUUUCGGAAGCUCAAAAUAGGUUAAUAUUUUAGUAGGUCUUGCGGUUUGUUGAGAAUAAUGAUGUAAAUAGACAAAUAGUCUGUGACUUUUUGAAGAUUGUUGCACUAUAGACUUUUCCUCCCUUAUGUGGAGAGACUAGUGUUAACAAAAAGGGACAAUUUUCAACUUUGAAAACAAAAUGCCUCUGUUUGGAAAAUCCCAGAAGAGUCCCGCAGAAGUGGUGAAAGCUUUAAAAGAAGCUGUCAAUGCUCUGGAAAGAGGUGACAAAAAAGCUGAAAAGGCCCAAGAGGAUGUUAGCAAGAACCUAGUAUUGAUUAAAAACAUGUUGUAUGGAACAUCGGAUGCUGAACCCCAGACUGAUAUAAUUGUUGCUCAGUUGGCACAAGAAUUGUACAACAGUAAUCUUCUGCUGCUACUCAUUCAGAACUUAAACCGAAUUGACUUUGAGGGCAAAAAGGAUGUGGCUCAGGUUUUUAACAACAUUUUGCGCCGUCAGAUUGGUACCAGAUCUCCCACUGUUGAAUACAUUUGUACAAAGCCCGAGAUUCUGUUUACCUUAAUGUCAGGAUAUGAACAUCAAGAAAUAGCUUUAAAUUGUGGGACAAUGUUAAGGGAAUGUGCAAGAUACGAAGCACUGGCUAAAAUAAUGCUAUAUUCGGAAGAUUUCUACAACUUCUUUCGUUAUGUUGAAGUAUCAACAUUUGACAUAGCAUCUGAUGCAUUUUCAACUUUUAAGGAAUUGCUGACGCGUCAUAAGAUCCUCUGUGCUGAAUUUUUAGAGAUGAAUUAUGAUAAGGUGUUUUCACAUUAUCAACGGCUCUUGAAUUCAGAGAAUUAUGUAACUAGGCGUCAGAGUUUAAAACUUCUGGGAGAGUUAUUGUUGGACCGGCACAAUUUCACUGUGAUGACUAGGUAUAUUUCUAAUCCAGACAAUCUUAAGCUCAUGAUGAACAUGUUGAAAGAGAAAUCACGUAACAUUCAGUUUGAAGCCUUCCAUGUUUUCAAGGUCUUUGUAGCAAAUCCUAAUAAACCUAAACCUAUUCUGGAUAUCCUGCUUCGCAACCAGGAGAAACUAGUAGAAUUUUUGACCCGUUUCCACACCGACCGUUCUGAAGAUGAACAGUUCAACGAUGAGAAGGCAUAUCUCAUCAAGCAAAUCAAAGAACUGAAACCCAUCACUGAACAUUAACAGUGGCUAAUGACAGAGUGCGUAGUGAAAAGAGAAAAUCAAGUGCAUAAUCAUAUUUACAAAGAAGAAAAGUUGCUUCCAUUAUUUUGUAAAAGGAAAAAAAGAAAAAAAAAAGUUUCGAGUUGGUUGGAAGGGGAAAGAUUAUAAGCUGUAAAUCAAGUCUAAAUGUAUUGGGAGGGUAACCAUCACUUGCUUCCAGCUUGGUUCUAGUGUUACGUGAGUGGCACACUGUUUUAAGUGCACUGAGUAUUCUCAUAUCAUGGGCUCUUGCAUGAUGUUAACUAGUCCCGUUCACCAUCAUUUUCUGCUGUUACUGCUAUUUUGGAAGUGAAAAAGUGCAGUUUUAUUUCUGGAUUCUUGAGAGAAGCCUCUACACAGUUCAUAUUGUUGUUUCACUUCUUCAGUAUUAAGAAAACGAGUCUGACAUUACUAACAUUUUGUUCAUUAAAAAGGCAGAGAAAAAAGUUUAUAUUGGUACUGUUAGCUAAUAAUAUGACUGACAUCUAAUCUGGUGAUAAUAGCAGAGUCAUUGUAUUGCAGUUAAAAAUGCUGCUUCAACAGAACAGUUCAGAAUUUUAUUUCCAUUGCAUAUUUUAAGUAAGUUAACAAAAGUUACAUAAAUAAUACGUGUAGUAUUUUAAGCAACUUGACUAAGUUUGCUGGAGGUAAAAAUCUACGAAACGAACACAGAACAGACAGGUUGUGUCACUGUGUCAAGUCUUUUGCCUUACAAUAUAUCACAGCUGUAGCUGAUAACAGAUUUUGCAAUACCAUAUUGUAAAUUGGACACAAUUGCCUUUAAUCAUUAUGAAUUAAUUUGCUUGAUUUCUUUUUAGUUUACAGCACCUGUUCUGUUUCUUUUAUUGUAAAUACCGUGUUAUAUUCUUCGCUGUAAGAUUGUAUCAUACAAUUGGAUUUAGAUUGGAGUUUAUAUAUUCAAUGUUAAUUUGGUUAGUAAGCAGUAAAAGUUGCCACUGAGCAAAACUGUAUUUUCUUAUUUGAUGUACUAAAAGCUUUCAUGUUUGUGUUUGGGGUUACAUCUAUUACCAAAGUGCACUCGGAUUUCUCAUAGAACAGUCUUAUCAUAUUGUGUAAUUUUAAAGCUGAAUUAUGGUGUGUGGAGGAGAAAAAUUAGGGAAGGAAGAAACCGCUGCCUUUCAGGUGUUUGACAUGCUUAUGUAUGUACAGUCCUUGCCUAGACAAAAUGCUUCAUGGAACUAUUUUUUUAGAUUGUUGAUUUUGGAAAUGAUCGUAAAUAAAUCGGUGUGUACUGCUCUCUGGAGCAAAACUCUUUAUCUGCCUCUGUACAGUUAAUAAAAUAUUUUAGUAGCUCUUCCACAUGGAUAAGCCUUAUCCUUUUGUGCACACCCAUCAGAUGACUUGUAAUGUUUAGAAUGUUCGUUGUAUAGGCUUUACAUGCACCAAUCUUUAUUUGAUGACAAUUUUAUUUCAUUUGUCAUAAGUUGAUUGCAUUUAGUAAGAAAGUUGUACUACAUAUAUCACAAUAACAGAUGUGUAAAUUGUGUGUGUGUUAUGAAUUACCCUAUUCUGCAUACCAUCCCAUCCAUAUCACUCUAUCAAUGUAAGUUGUGGCGGAUGGAUAACAAUUAGAACUUUGUCUAGCAUAACUACUAAGUUAACCAUUCAAAAUGUUUGGUUAUGUCAUCAAUUAAUUUAUGUUUCUUGAACUGACUUCAUUGUUCGUUUUUUUAAUGAUGAAAAAAAAAAAGUUGAAAAUUGUUAUGUAAUGUGGGUGUUUGAUUUUCAUUUUGUUUCUUCUGGACAUUGGUUCCUGAGUGAAAAAUUAUAAUGCAAGAUUCUGUUCAAAUAAAAUUCUGGCUCAUAACGUACAUGAAUUCUCCUGUUUUAUUUUAGGUAUCAUUCGUUUCAUUUAUC